UUUCGAGUGAAAGCUCAAACCCAAUCGAAGACCAGUCAAUCGGACAUGCACCCCGAUAUAGAACUGCUCAUCCAAUGUCUGGUGUUUCUGUUCAUCUUUGCCUACGCUUACAUCAACGCUGCCCAGUGGUUCUUCCGGAACCUGGAAAUACUGCUCCCCCACUGAACCCAGGCUCAAAUAAUUUAUCCCAGCUAAAUCAACCUCAAGCCAGGCCAAGACACAAGCCGAACCUCCAGGAAAAUGUCGUUGAAUACAUGUGCCUGUGGUUGUGGAUGUCCGUGUGGAUUUGUAUGUUGUGGCAAGCCAAAAAAAACAGAUGAGGGGCAGCAGGAACAUGGACCGUCCGGUAGUAAGCCUGCCCACAAUAAGGCGGAGCCGGCGGAUAAGUCAAAGACACACGAUGGAACAUCCCAGGGUAAGGAGAAGCAUUUAACGGGUAAGAAAUCCAAGGAUCCGCAUGGUCACCAGAGAAAGUCAACGGAGGAGCUGAAGCAUGUCUCGACCCAUUCGAUGCAGCGAUCGUCGCAGUUGUUCCACCGUCGCCAGCGAUCGUCGCACUCCAGCUCAGAGUCAAUGCACGCGUCCGAAGCGGAUGGAGAAGGAAGCAUGGCCGGACGACAGCUGACCCCGUACGAGUGCCAGCUAGAGGACGAUGUCCAGAAAUUGCAGGAGGCUCUCUUCACCAUGACAUCGCAGUAUGCCAAGGUGCAGUUCCGCUUGCGCCAAAUAGCCGCCGCCUCGGACUCCGAGAGGAUUACGCUGCUCAAGGAGCUGGAGCGCAUGACGCGCGAGCCACUGGAUGGAUCGCGCCGCGACCAGGAGGACAAGCUGGCCACGCUACAGUCGGACGCCAUGUCACUGGGCAAUGUGCGUAUCAAGCAGCGCAAGAUUAUCGCACAGCUGCGGGGACGUCUCCUGAAUCUUGCCGAUUCGGCCGACGACUACUUUGUGACGGACAGAGAGGGCCAGAGACGUGGGGACCAGACCAUGGGAGACGGUGCAGACGAACAGGAUUAUGUCUUGGGUGAAGAAGAACUGCAGGGAAAUGCGUCCAAGGCAACGUUUCUCUCAGAGGCAUGGUCGGACACCAUCCACGUGGACAGCGAGUCUGAUGGGGAGCAAUCUCGUUCCAAGUCCAAGUCAAAGCACCGCAAGGGCAAAGGCAAGAACAAGAAGGGCGGAAAGAACGCCCAAGGUGGCCAAGGGGCGCAUGGCGGUGCCGGCGACAGACAUUCUAGGGGCGAGUGUAGCAAAGAUUGCCCCUCGUACCGAGCACGCAGAAAGAGUGGUUCAGUCGGCAGAAGUUUGCCCAAAAACAAUUUAAGUAAAAACAUCGGCAGGAUGUCCAGCAAGGAUGUGUCGCCAAAUUCCGGCCGACUUUACUCUGUGCUGCGUCAAACUCAGUCCGUGCCGCAUUACCAACGACGCGCGGCUGAAGAGGGGCCCGUGAAGAAGGUUCGAUCAGCCGCCAAAAACCAUUCAGAAACGGUGCCGAAAAGGAGCCGCUGCAAGCCGGAUCUCCAAGCAAAACGCCGACAAAAAGCGAGCGCCACUCCGUCGGAAAAUCUGGCCAAGGGUUGGCCACUCAGCUGGCGGUACCUUCGAUUGGACGAACCACCGUGUACCAAGAGCUCGAUGAAAAUGUUGGAGAGUCAACAAUCUGUCCAGUCCACUGCUGCAAGGAGCCGGUAGGCCUGAUGUGUGCAAGGCAAAGAAACCGCUCAAGAAAUAAUGAAUCAGAGAUUUAAAUUAUAAUAAUAGUAUAGCCUUCAGAACUUUUGCAUGAGGGCUUUACACGAAGUCCCUGCAAGAGGGCUUUAGGCUAAAUUAAGAUUAUAAAUUGCAAAUUCUUCUGGGCCAAGGCGGGCAACGAAUCUCUAUAUAUUUUAUAACGAAAUGUAAAGCCAAUUAAAACAGUGAUUGAUGUUGCGUUCUUCACUUCCGAA